GUUAAUGCAACCAAAUACUCUUGUGAUAUAAAUUACUCUGAUUCUUGUGAUAAAUAUUUUAGAAUUUUUGACGAUUUUUUUUUAUUAAAAAUUAUAUUUUAUUAAAUUUAAGACAACGAAAUGGCAUUAAGUUUGGCGAUGAAUUUAAGUGGUGUGGAAAGACAAUAUUUUUAUGAUGCUGGUGCAAAAGAUAUGUAUGAUGCUGGUGAAAAAUUAAUGAAAACUUUAACAUUGACAAAAUCACAAGAGAGUAAUAAUAAUAAUCCAACUGCAAUGGUUAAUUUACAUUGUAAAGAUAACACGACGACAAAUUCUUCAACAAGCAUGGCUGUUCCAAUCAUAAAUACGAAUAUGAAUAAGAAUAAUGUUGCAUUAAGUUCUCCACAUAGUGUAUCACCAUCGUCAACAUCUAGUGGAUUUAUUUCGGAGGAAUCCGAAGUUAUUGGACCAACAACACAAGCACCUAUUUUUAAUAUACGAGUUCCACCGCCAAAUUCAUUUGUCAGACAUCCAAUAACUGUUCAACAAUCUAUAGAAUAUUCACCGCCAGAAUAUGGAGGAAAUACAAAUACAAACAUAAUGACAAAUUACAAUAUAGCGACAUCUAUCGCACAAAAACAACAACAAAGUCGCUUCCCACCAAUUGGUACAAAACGAUCUGGUUCACCAAUACGUACAACAGUAACAUCAUCACAACAAUCGAAUAACAACAAUACAACAUCACCAAGUUCAACAAUCACUACACAACAAUGUACAUCACAUUCAAAUAAUGACAAACAACAAACAAAUGAACUGUUUGGUGCAAAUACAAUAUGGUCGUAUUCAACAAUCAAAUCGAUGGCAGCAACACAACCAAAAAAUCAAAUAAUUUAUGGUAAACGUGAUAUAUUAGAUUUAGCUGGUAAUAUAAAAGAUGUUAAAUGGCAAUUUUGUCCAGCACAAUUACCGAUUGGUAAUACUCGAAUGUUUUUUGAGAAUCGUUCACAGUAUCAUCGUUUAGCAACAUUCGAACAAAAUGAUGAUAAUUUCGAAGAAUGUUUAGUAUGUAAAUUUUUUCUUCCAACGUAUUGAUAACAACGGAGAAAUGUUUGUUUUUGCAAAUUUUUAA